AUGGUUGGCCUACAGAUCGCCGUAACACCACCCCAUCCUCCGCCAAGUUCAGACGAAAGGGCACCAUCGACCAGGCUAGAAGUGAUUGUUAAGCAGCGAACUGGACCUUUCCUGGUCAAGUCGAUCUGCUGGGCUGCCGCCGCUGCAGAAGCCGCGGUUAUUCUUGCCACACACGCGCCCAGUCUUACCCUCUCCCAGACUGUUCUUUCUACUCUUGUACGCGGGAGAGGCUCGGACCGCAUCCAAUUAUCACCGCUCUUCGUGUUCGGUACCCUUUUGACCGGCCUGGGUGGAUAUAUCCGAUACCGUUGCUAUCGCGCACUCGGACGCCUCUUCACAUUCGAAAUGAGCAUACGGAACGAUCAUAAGUUGAUCACGGACGGUCCGUACGGCAUAGUGAGGCAUCCUGGGUAUACUGGCAUCCUUUUUACAAUCACUGGAAUCAUCUGUUGGCACGCUAGUUCCGGUUCAUGGGCGAGAGAGUGUGGAGCAUUGGAAACGACAAUAGGACAGGUCGCGGCGGGGAUAUAUCUGGGCAUGGUUUCAGUUAUCACAACGGGAUUGAUGAGCCGCAUGUCAAAGGAAGACGCGGCGUUGCGAGAAACAUUCCCGAAGGAAUGGGACCAAUGGGCCGCUAAAGUUCCAUACAAGUUGAUCCCCUGGGUUUACUGAGGUAUUCCCUGGCAUUCAACCAACUAAUGACUCGACGACUUGAUGCAUUGAUGACGUUGGACUUUUACGACGUGGAUUUUACGACGUGGAGAGGCAAAUUGUAUGAUAUGUUCGACUGUGUGUAUAUUUAGCUCGCGAUGGCGGGGUCUUUGUACACUGUUACUUGGUCUGUCCAAGUUACGUCGCUCUGAUUAACAACUG